CAGCAGAAAGGCAACCAAUGAUGUGGGUCGCUGAGGAAGCUGGCUUGGUUUUGAAUUUGUGGCUGAGCUUGGAGCGCCUGGAAGCCAAGUCGGCCAAGUUGCCUCGGACGCUUCUCCUAGAGAACUACCCAGGCAUUCAUGUGAGCAGGAAUCCAAUAACUAAAAAUGUCUGUCACCGAGGAAGAUUUUUGUCAUCACAUGAAAGUAGUUGUUCGUGUGCGUCCUGAGAAUACUAAAGAAAAGGCAGUUGCGUUCCAUAAAGUGGUUCAUGUUGUGGAUAAACAUAUACUUGUUUUUGAUCCAAAACAAGAAGUAGUCAGUUUUUUUCAUGAAAAGAAAACUACAAAUUUUGAUAUUACUAAAAGGCAAAAUAAAGAUCUUAAGUUUGUAUUUGAUGCUGUUUUUGAUGAAACAUCAACUCAAAUGGAAGUUUUUGAACACACUACCAAGCCAAUUCUUCAUAGUUUUCUGAAUGGAUAUAAUUGCACAGUACUCGCAUAUGGUGCCACUGGAGCUGGGAAGACUUACACGAUGCUAGGAUCAGCUGCUGAACCUGGAGUGAUGUACCUAACAAUGUUAGACCUUUUUAAAUCCAUGGAUGAGAUUAAAGAAGAGAAAGUAUGUAGUACUGCUGUUUCUUAUUUGGAGGUAUAUAAUGAACAGAUUCGUGACCUCUUGACAAACUCAGGGCCACUUGCUGUCCGGGAAGAUGCCCAAAAAGGAGUGGUUGUUCAGGGUCUCACUUUACACCAGCCCAAAUCCUCAGAGGAAAUAUUACAGCUACUAGACAAUGGAAACAAAAACAGGACACAGCAUCCCACCGACAUGAAUGCUACGUCUUCACGUUCACAUGCUGUUUUCCAGAUUUAUUUGCGACAACAGGACAAAACAGCAAGCAUCAAUCAAAAUGUCCAUGUAGCCAAAAUGUCACUUAUUGACCUGGCAGGAUCUGAGAGGGCCAGAACUUCUGGUGCUAAAGGGACACGAUUUGUAGAAGGCACAAAUAUUAAUAAAUCUCUUUUAGCCCUUGGAAAUGUCAUCAACGCUUUAGCAGAUACGAAGAGAAGGAAUCAGCAUAUUCCUUAUAGAAAUAGUAAGCUUACUCGCUUGUUGAAGGAUUCUCUUGGAGGGAACUGUCAGACUAUAAUGAUAGCUGCUGUUAGUCCUUCCUCUUUGUUUUACGACGACACAUAUAACACUCUUAAGUAUGCUAAUCGUGCAAAAGACAUUAAAUCUUCGUUGAAGAGCAAUGUUCUUAAUGUCAACAGUCACAUAUCUCAAUAUGUAAAGAUCUGUAAUAUGCAGAAAGCAGAGAUUUUAAUGUUGAAAGAAAAACUAAAAGCCUAUGAAGAACAGAAAGCUUUGACUGACAAAAAUGACAGUGCAAAAUCAGUACCUUCAAACAUUCAAGUCAAAGAGAUUAAAAGAUUUCAAGAAAUUCUGAAAUGCUUGUUCCAGAAUCGAGAAGGAAUCAGGCAAGAAUAUCUGAAAUUAGAAAUGUUGCUUAAAGAAAAUGAACUCAAGUCACUCUAUCAACAGCAGUGCCAUCACCAAAUAGAGAUGAUGUGUUCAGAAGACAAAGUAGAAAAGGCCACUUGCAAACGAAAUCACCGACUUCAAAGGUUGAAAACUGUUCGCUGUUUCGUAGAGAAAAAGAAGGAAGAGGUGUUAAAACAAUUUGAUGAGAAUACUAAUUGGCUUCAUCGAGUGGAAAGCGAAAUGAGACUCUUAGGUCAAAAUGGUGACAUCCCAGAGGUGCUCAGUAAAGAUCUUCAUUGUCACCAGUUACACCUCCAGACCAAAGACCUGAAAGCACAAAUGGCACACAUGAAGGCUCUGGCUUGUCUCCAAGAGCAGCAGCUCAGUCAGACUGAGGCGGUUUUGAAUGCUUUACUUCCAGCUAAGAAAAAGUAUUGCAUGUCAGAAGAAACUAAUCCGUCAAAUGCAGUUUUUGAUUCUGACUUCAAAGAUAUUGAGCAUUUGGUAGAAAGGAAGAAGGUGGUGGCUUGGGCUGACCAAACUACCAAACCUUCAAACAAAAAUGAUCUUCCAGGGAUUUCUCUUCUUAUGACCUUCCCACAGCUUGGACCAAUUCAGUCUAUUCCUUGUUGCAUGUCCCCAAAUGAACCUGACUUGCUUAACAUUACUCCACAAAAGAGAACCAGGAGAAAAUUAAUACCAUCUUCCUUGCAAGUAAAACAUACUGAGAAGUCUCCACUGUUGGAAAGUACACAGCUCAACGAUUCUUUCAGCAAAGAACUUAAGCCUAUUGUUUAUACCCCAGAGAACUGCAGAAGACCUCUUCAAAACCCAUCCCCAGCCUUAAUAAGGCCUUCAUCACCUACUACAAAUAGAAUCAAUGAUAAUUCUCUGAAAACACUAUGUGAAGUAGAUUUUCCUCUCAACAUGAGAACAGAGUGUAAACAGGAUUUGAACUCUACAUUUACUAUAUAUAAUGAUAUCGACAGCUUGAAGAAUACAUUUUCCAAACAGGAAUCACUACCAAACACCAAAGGUAGUUUACACAGGCUUGAAUCUUCCUCUUUCUCAAGAAAGGACUCUAGGCCUGUGUCAACAAGCAUGCCAUCCUACAUGGCAAUGACUGCUGCUGCGAAGAGGAAAAGGAAACUAAUAAGUGCACCAUCAAAUGCUUCUUUACAAUCUGAAGAAAAUUAUGGAUUUGCCAAACGCAUUCGACAGGAUAAUUCAAGUGAUAAGCUCUUUCAAGGAAACAGAGUAACAAUAGGUUCUAAAAGAAACACCAACAAAAUAAAUUCAAACAUGCUUAGAAAAUUUAGAAGAAACACUUCUAAAGAAAAUAUACACUAAGAAGCCUCUAUGCCCUUUGUCUGGUAUUUGUCCCUGCAGAAAUGUAUU